GCGCGUGUUUUGAUUCUACACGAGUUGUCAAGUGAUGCGAUUGUUUCUGUUGAAUUUUCUCUCGGUCUUUUGUAAUGCGUUUAACGGCAUUUUUCACUAAUAAAACCCCUAGAUAGCUAGCAAUAAAUUUGUAAUAUAAUCAGGAGUGAGUAUGGAGGAAGAGGAUCCGGUCGUGGAGGAGAUCCCCGUAUAUUUAUCCAAAUCCCUGGCGGAAAACUUGUAUGUCUUUCAAUUCUCAACGAGAGAGGGUCACUACACAAUUGACUGCAAUGACGUGGUGAAUUGCUGUGUAAAACCGCACAAUCAGCAGGUAAAGGUGGACUUUGGGUUGGACACCAAUUCGCGCAACUAUGACAACUUCAAGGGUUCACAGCUGGCCAUCGGGGCGGACGGGAAGCAUCCCUCAAAGGGUGACCGGCCGUCAUAUCCGGACGGCACGAUGGACAAGAUGAGCUUCAUGAGCUCGAAAGCACUGCAGAAUUCAGGAAAUUAUGUGAUAGGUGUUAUGCAGGAUCGAGAAGUGCACACAACACCCCUUAAUGGCAUCCUCCAGAUGCGCCCGUCCUUCUCCUAUUUCGACAAACAGGACGCGCGACGGCGAGCCGAGCAGAAGACGGAGUCAGAGUUGGAGGCCGAGGAGGAGGAACUGAAGCAGAUCACCGUGAAAUUCGCACGCAGCAGCGACAGUGAGAAGGCGAAGAAGGCGCGCGAGAAGACAUUCGACUUUCUGGCGGCGCGCGAGGCCGAGGAGCCCUGGUGUGAAGCCUUCUGGCAUCCCAACCAGUCUGCGGCUGUGGAGCUGGAGAAACAGAGGCUGUUCUGCACCAAGACCACUCCCACAGGUCACACGCUGGCCUCCACGAGUCGAGACUACGUGAAGGCGCUCAUCCCGCCUGAGAGGCACGACAAGUCCGUGGAGAGCAUCGUGCCCAGCGGCAUUGUUAGCCUGUACAAGCUGAAGGAUUUGGGAUUGCAGGAACAGAUCAAGAACAUCCUGAUAGACGUCAAAAUGGUGUCUCUGACGCAAUUGCUGGCCAUCCUGGACGAUCGCGAGGCGAGUGAGGAGAAGGUGGUGCGCAUCCUGCCCCUGGUGGGGAUGCUGAUACGCGGCAACUGGGUGGUGCAGUCAGAGAUACUCUAUCCGGUCGAGUCCUUCUCCAGCACCAACGGCAUUUCCAGCGAGAUCAUGUGUCGCAGUCGGGAUUACGUGUUGCAUCAGCUGGUGAAGCGGAACUGCGUGGACAGGCAGAAGAUCGCCGCGGUGAUUCAGCUGCCGCCCGAGGAGGUCAAAGAGAUCCUCUUGUCUGUGGCUCAGGUGUCGUCGCGUGGCUGGGAAUUGCCGCUGAUGCCAGAUGUGCGCUUUGAGGCCAAAUAUCCGGAGAUGGUGUCGCGGCAGGAGCUGUGGUGGCGCAGCCGGGAGGAUCUGUUCGCCGAGAUGGAGUCCGAGAAGGGGCCGAAGCGUGUGCGCAAGAGAUCCAUCAGAGAGUCCAGCAAAGUGCCGGCCGACAAGGUGAACGGCACAGCCUAAUAAAUGUGAACGUGUGAGAGAGAAUAA